CACCUCUAAUGAAUCAUCGGAGCUCUCUCUCUCGCGCUUAGCUUUCUCUACCUUAAAGCCUCUGUAUUGAGCUCAUCAAUGGCGCUUCGAAGAGCAUUAGCGCAGCGUCUCUUCACCAAAAACAGAGAGUCCUCCCCAUUAGCAACCCUUGAGCAUUCACCGAUCUCCUCUCCCUAUUUCCAGUCAACCCUAACUCCUCCAAAUGCCGCCAAAACUAACUUCCACCGCGAAUUCCUCACCUCCCCGGACUCCGCCGACUGCGGAUUUUUCCGGCGAUUCCUCCAGCGGCGGGGAUUAAACCAGUCGGCGAGGCUACCGGAGUUCCUCUCGAUUCCGGUGGGCGACAAGCUGAAGGAGAAACUGAGGUCGAUGAAUGUCGCCGGAAACCGUCUCCGGUUCGACGGACUCGCUCCUCCGAUAGUGUCCGAUACGGUGGAAGGAAUUUCGGUGAUGGAUGCGAAGAAGAUUUUGAAGUGUACGCAGAUGGAGAAGGUGAGAUCCGCGCUGAGACAGAUUCCGAUGAACUCGAUUUCUUACUCUGAGUACGUUCAGAUGUGCGUUGAUGUUUGUUUGAAUCGAGAGCAAGGUGUAGAGUUUGCGAAGAAGUUGGAUGAGUCUGGAAACGUCAUCGUUUUGGGCAACGUCGUGUUCGUUCGGCCUGAACAGGUUGCAAAAUCAAUGGAGAAGUUAAUUGCUACUUCCAUAGCCACCCCAAAUGACCCAAGAAGGAAAGAACUUGAACAGAUGGAGAAGCAAAAGGCAGAAAUUGACAGGAAAGCCCAACAACAGGUCCAAGGGGAACUCUGCUGUGGGCUGGGCUUCACAGUACUGCAGAUACUGGGUUUGAUGAGGCUCACCUUCUGGGAAUUGGAUUGGGAUGUGAUGGAGCCCAUUUGCUUCUUCUUGACCUCGCUUCACUUCGUGCUAGCCUACGCCUUCUUCCUCAGGACAUCGAAAGAACCCUCUUUCGAAGGGUACUUCCAACGCCGUUUCAAAGUGAAGCAAAAGAAGCUCAUGGAGUCUCAAAAUUUCAAUGUUGAAAAAUAUAAUGAGCUUUGUAGGGCUUUCUAUCCUAAUUACUCCGACGUUUCAAGCUAUGCACCUAGAGUCGGGGCGGCCCUUUUUGGUGCUAUUCAUCGUUGAUGCUAGUUGUAGUACAUGGAAAUAACAAAAUCCGAAAUAGAGAGACUUUUGAUCGUAAA